ACGGAUGCGCUGGGCUGUCCACACCACUCUCUGCAGGUUCCUGUGAUUAAGGGAAGUACAGUUCCCAUACCAGGCAGUGAUGCAGCCAGUCAGGGUGCUCUCAAUUGUUUCCCUGUAGAAAAUUCCUAGGAUUUCGCCCCAUCCGGAACUUCUUCAGCCAUCUGAGGUGGAAGAGGUGCUGCUGUGCUCUUUUCACAACACAGCCGGUAUGUACAGACAAUCUGAGAUGCCUGGUGACGUUUAUGCUGAGGAACUUAAAGCUGUUCACCUUCUCAACCCCAGAUCCAUUGAUGUCAGUAUCAACCGCAGAUCCAAUGAUAUCAGCCUGUCUCCAUUCCUCCUGUCAUCCACAAUCAGCUCCUUUGUUUUGGUGACAGUGCGGGAGAGUUUGUUUUCUUGACACCAGUCAGAAUAAUUGCUGGCAGAGUCAGCAAUCAAAUGGUUGAGCAUGGUGCGAUGAAUGUGCUGAGCUGUGUAUGUCACAAUGCAAGAAGCCUCGUAAGAAAGCCAGAUGAGCUCAGGACAGGGGAUUGUGAUAUUGUAGCCAUUAUUGGGACUUGUUUACACCCAACAGUCUGAGGAAUUUAGAGGAACAAAUUUGUGGAGAAAUCACAGACCAUGCCAAGGAACAAAGGAUAAUUCAGUUAAAUACAAGAAGGAAUUUGUCUCCAGGAAGCUCAAACAUGACAUGCCAGUUUUGCUGUCUCUGUCUAGAUAUUUAAGAAGUGGAGCAAGGGAUUCAAUUGACCAUUCUUCAUGCUCAGAAAGUGGGGACAGAUUCACUCGGUUAACUGACCAACUGGCAUGUCCGUCAUUUUACACAGGAGAAAGGCCAUUCACCUUCUCAGACAGUGGGAAUGGAUUCACUCGGUCAUUUCAACUGAAGGUACAUUAGCAAGUUCACACUGGGCAAGGGCAUUCACCUGUUCUGUGGGUGAGAAAGGAUUCACUCAGUUUUCCCACCUGUGGACACACCAGUCAGUUCACACCAGGCAGAAGCUGGUCAUCUGCUGAAUUUCUGGGAAAGGAUUCACUCAGUCUUAAUGGCUCACCAGGGAGUUCACAUCAGGGAGCGGCCAUUCACUUGCUCAGUCUGUGGGAAGAGAUUCAUUAAAUCAUCCCACCUGCUGAGUCAUCAGCGAGUUCACACUGGGGAGAAGCCGUUCACCUGCUCAGAAUGUGGGAAGAGAUUCUCUGAGUUAUCCAACCUACAGAAUCAUCAGCGAGUUCACACUGGGGAGAAGCCAUUCACCUGCUCAGAAUGUGGGAAGGGAUUCACUCAGUCAUCCCACCUGCAGAGACACCAGCGAGUUCACACUGGGGAGAAGCCGUUCACCUGCUCAGACUGUGGGAAGAGCUUCACUCACUUAUGCAACCUACAGAAUCAUCAGCCAGUUCAUACUGGGGAGAGGCCAUUCACCUGCUCAGAAUGUGGGAAGGGAUUUACUCAGUCAUCCAGCCUACUGAGUCAUCAGCGAGUUCACACAGGGGAGAGGCCCUUCACCUGCUCAGAAUGUGGGAAGGGAUUCACUCAGUCAUCCCAUCUGAAGGUUCAUCAGCGAGUUCACACUGGGGAGAAGCCAUUCAUCUGCUCAGUCUGUGGAAAGGGAUUCACUGAUUCAUCCACCCGGCAGAAACAUCAGCGAGUUCACACUGGGGAGAAGUCGUUCACCUGCUCAGAAUGUGGGAAGGGAUUCACGGAUUCAUCCUGCCUACUGGUACAUCAGCGAGUUCACACUAGGGAGAAGCCGUUCACCUGCUCAGAAUGUGGGAAGGGAUUCACUCAGUCAUCCCACCUGCAGAGACAUCAGCGAGUUCACACUGGGGAGAAGCCAUUCAAAUGCUCAGAAUGUGGGAAGAGAUUCACUCAAUCUUCCACCCUACAGGCACACCAGCGAAUUCACACUGGGGAGAAGCCAUUCACUUGCUCAGUCUGUGGGAAACAAUUCACUCUGUCAUUCCAACUACUGAAACACCAGCGAGUUCACACAGGGGAACGGCCGUUCGCCUGCUCAAAAUGUGGGAAGAGAUUCGCUGGAUCAUCCAACCUACAGAGACAUCAGCAAGUUCACACUGGGGAGAAGCCGUUCACUUGCUCAGUCUGUGGGAAAGGAUUCACUCAGUCGUCCCAACUACUGGCUCACCAGUCAAUUCACAAUGGGGAGUGGCCAUAGUUAUGAAUCCCCGGGUUUCGUUUGCUGUGGGCUGUCAUUUUAAGAGAGAGCGAGAGAGAUUAAGAAGGUGAAUCAGUCCGACUUGCAGCUUGUUUACAUUGCUCGCAGCUUGUUUCCUUUUAACCAAGGACACAGACAAUCAGAGUCAGACGGAGACGAAGGAGGAAAAAUGGAAGGAUCGAAACCAGGGAACUAGAGGCCAAGGGUCACUGUUUGGAACUUUCCUAUGCCCACAAGGGUGGGUUAAUUAUCGAUUCACCAUACAUCGUAUGUGUAGUUGUCACCGCGUUUGAUCCAUAGGAGUGGAUCUGAUUUGUGGUGUCCUAUGAAGACCACAGAUGUGUUAACCCUUCCCUGGGUGUGGUGUGGUAAUUCACUUGAAGAUGAUACCGCUUGUGACAAGUCACUUUCGGUGAUAAAUCUUAUGAGGGUUUGGAAUGACGACAAAUAAAAUCGAUAGCGACUGUUGUGUGGUUUUACCACCAUGGAACCUGUGGAAUUCAACAUAAUUGCCUUCUCUCAACAUUUACCCUGGAUUACAAAUAUCUCUCUCAUCACCUGAACUUUCAUACUUUGCUAUCUCAAGAAUCCAAGCCUUGUUUCUCCAGAGCUCAAUAGUUUGGGAGUUUUAUUUAAACACAUAUAUACACAUAACAUUGUUAACUUUUGUUUAUCUUGCAUAAGUUACUAUAUUACAAGUAGAUUCUAAUAAAGAUAGUUUUAACAUUAAAAACAGACUCCAGGUAUAGUCUAUUGCUGCUGGUUCAUUUCUAAAACGUUAUGAUUCGUAACAAAAUUGGGGCCUGCAUCCAGUAUAUG